CCUCCGAAUACAAUGUGAAAAUAAAUUUUCAACAGGCCACACAUUGCAUCCUUGAGUGACCGGGAAAACCAAAUUUAAUAUUUGAACGAAGUAGCUUAUCAGUACGAUCGCGAUAACAUUCGUUAAGAUUUGCAAUUAGCUAGCACACCCAUUAGUUUGGGAUGUCUGACUAGUAGAGAGUGAAUUCACAUGCAGAAACGUUGAUUGCGUUACAUGGAGGAAAGUGAACCUUAUGACAUGGAUGGUGAAGUGAACAGCGAAAUCAACAAAGGCGUUGAUGCCAUCGAGAAAAUAACACCAGGAGUAGACGAGGAUGUGGAUUUGGACGUGAUUGACUGCUAUACGGACGAUUUUGAUAGCGACAUGGAGGGUGAUUUCUGCCGGAAGGAAACGCAAAGAUUGGCAGGUAAUAUGAAAAGAACAGCGGAGGGUGGGUCUGAUGGAACCAAGGAAAUGUUGAGUAAUCGAAAAAGUGAUGAUAGUGAUGAAACCUCGAAAGUGGUUACUCCAUCAUCGCAUCUAAAUAAAAACAAACCGAAAAUUAACGUUGAUGACGAUGAAAAUGCCUCAAAACCUGACGAGAGACUAUCGUAUGAUAAUAAAAAUCCAACAUCGGUGGUACCAGGCGAAGUAUUUGAUGACGAAGAUAUGAUACAGAUCGAUCACAACGAUAUUCUUCCGAGGGAUGGAGCUAACAAUUGUGGAAUUGAUCAACCAGAGAUUUCCCCCAACGCUGAAGACGAAUUGAAACAAAAACGUAUCCUUAGCGGACCGUUGAUUAAGCAAAUGGUCAUCCCGGAGAUAGAGACCCCGGAUUGUAACGACGAAAAGACGGACGUGGAAAGCCAAGAGUCGAUGAGUUUACUGAUUGAUAAUGUUGGAAAAUCAUCGGACCCCUCGAACGAUGUAUCGGAACUAAAGAGCAGUGAAAGUGACGUUGAAAAUAUUACAAAUGACGGCUGUCAGCAAGAAGAUCCAGAGGUUCUACAGCUGAAACUGGAUCUUUAUCAGAACAUAGGAGCAAUGGAUUAUGAGGCACACCAUGAAGCCCGAAGUGACACCAGCAAGGAACAGAAAACAGACGAGGAAGAUAAAGCGCGUGAUUCACAGGAUACAAUUUUCAUUAAGCAAGAAAAAAUCACUCCAGUUAAAGAUCGUCUUGGAGGAAACGAUAUAGAUGAAAAGCAUAUUCCUACAAUUGAUUUAACAUUGUCUGAUGAGGAAGACGCAUCAUCGGCGGAAGAGCUUCCCGAAAAUGUUGGGAACAAAGAAAUUGAAUGCCGAACUGAGCAGAAAAACUUGAAAAUGAAAAAAACAGCAUACAAUGACACUGAUUCUAAGAAGCAGAGCGUAGCCCCUUCACCCGGAGGUGUGACCUGUGUGGAAUCAACAGUAUCGCGCAAGAGAAAAGAUUCAGAUGCUUGCUCAUCGGCUUCUAUGGAUGACCUUUUGUACGAUACGUUUUAUGGCGAUCGCGUUCUGUCGUUACGCAAGAGAAAUGUAACUAUUCUUCCGGAAGCAGUGCUUUCAAUUGCGACUAGGAAAAUGAAACCAAGGAGAUGUUCCAUAGACGAUCAGAUUUGGUUUAAGAGAAGCGCGAAGAAGAAGAAGGAGGAUCCUUUGAUGAAAGGUUACAAGCGACGUAGGUCUACUUCCAAAUCGAUAUCGAAGUGCAGCGGUUUGAUUCCCGCGUUGUCAGCAGAACCUUCGAUUCCUAGUCCAAAAACAUCGCAUAUGAAUACCGUCAAUGAGAUGCCUAUCAUAAAAGUGUCCAUUCUAAACUCAAACAAAAUUCAAAUAGAUUCUAUUGAGAAACAUGAUGCGCAGGAAAAGCAGACAAAACAAUCAAUGCAAGUAGACGAGGAAGCGGUCGAGACAAUGACUUCGACAGACCUGAAGAAAAUUAUCGUGGAAGAAUUGAGUGUACCGAUUGUUGGAAACAAUGUGGAAGUGGUAACAGAACACAUUGCAGACAAUCCUGAAUGUUCAACCGACAUUGCGUUGGAAGACGUAUUGGAAUCCUUUUUUAUUAAAGAAGAAGCUUUGAAAGAACAUAUGAACACCGUUCUAACCCGUACCGUUUCAUCUGAUGAACAAAUUCUGAUGGACUCACUGUUCGCAGAUUGUGAAAAACAAGUCCACCAAGCUGGAGAUCUGGGUGUUAUCCUGGAUGAUGGGAAGCCGCUGAUCGAGCAGCAAGAAUUGUUGCCCGAAGGCGAGUCUCAUACCAUCUGUUACAUUAUUCAGGAAGGUGAGGGUAGUCCAGCUAUGUCAGUUCAAUAUUCAGAUCAGUCCACGAUCACGCGGUCGGACAUUUCGCCUCGUUUGGCGAAAAUAAAAGGUCCCCAUAUAAACAUUAUCCAGAACUAUCAAAAAUAUCCGUUUCAACCUAAAGUUUCUAAAAGACGUGGGACAUUGCGGAAGGUAAUCGGGCGGGUUCCUCCUGUUAAGGCGAGAAAGAAACGUCCCGAUUCCGAUGAAGAGUAUUUCCCCACAAACUACCUUAGAUCACGUCGUAUUACUAGACCACUCACCAGAAACAUAACUGUAUCAACAACUAAUUUCGUACCAACAGGUGCGCAACGGGUAACUGACUCAGCGAAUAUAGAAUCGACUGGUAGAGAAGGAAAUGAGGGGAGCGCAUUAUACAGCUGCAUAGAUAUGCCGACGUUGGAAGAUGAUCUGGCACUGACCAGUUCCGGCAGCAGCUUUACGACAGUUCUGACAAAUAUGAAUGAUGAAACAUCGUCCAAAACAUCAGAUCAACAGGGGGACAAACAAGGAGUGGUAGUGGAGGCCCCUAGAGUUUCCGAAGGCACAACAACAAAAGCAGCCCCGAACGAAAAACCUGGAUCGCAGCUGGCAGUGACCGUUCCCAAACGACGAGGACGACGCCCUAAGCAACCUGAUCCAGAAAUCUUCAUAUGUUCUCCGGUGGGAAGUAAGUCAUCAAUUACAACACCAUCGCACAACAGAAAGAGAGGUGCAGCAAAGAAAGCCCCUAUCAGACGAAACAACAAACGAAUUUUCAGCGCCAGCGAAGAGGAUUCGCCGGCAUACAGUAGAUACGGUAGAAGCGAAGACGACUCCGAUACGCCAUCAAGUGUUACAGCUUCGCAUGUGACAUCGAACGAGCAAUUGAUACAUGAAGCUGACAACCCGAAGCAGGCAUCAGACAUCAACAAAAUGAGCAAUUUGCAGGUCAUAAUUUCCCCGCUCACGGAUGAUAAAAUUCGCCGAAUCAAUUCCCCUAAAAAGAUAAAAAAUGCAAUGACCAAAGCUUCUCAAACGGAGAUAUGUGGGUUAACUUGGUCUGUAGACUUCGAUCAGAUCGAUUUUUGCUCGGAUCAUUUCGAGAAGCUACGAGUUCUGCUGAACAGCGGGACGGCUGGCAACGUUCUGCAGAGAGCCGGUAGCGUAGAUUUUCUGCGGAAGUCGGUGGGUAAAAAAUCUGCCACGGUGACUACUUCGACUGCUCAAAAAUUCGAAGGGAUAGAGUUGCCCAGCCGAGCGAAGAUACAUCACUCUUUGGGUUCGCACCAUGGAUCGCAUCCGCUGGAAAAACGUGUGGCUGCAAGCGGCGGUGACAACUGUCGAACCCAAGCCGAGGAGUUCCUCUUCCAGCGUGAUAAAGAUGAAACUGAAAUUGUUACUAGAUAUACCGAUGAUCAAUACGCUCGUGAACGUAUGCUACAAGCGACCAAAGAUUUGCGAACCAAUUUCCGUGUACCAAAAAUUUCCAAAGCGAGGUCCUCAUCACCACAAGCAGUGACGUCUUCUACGUCGAAUGCGUCAGUCUCAAAAAUCAAAGAUGAUGAGCAGAACAUCGUUGCAGGGUCGUCGCGCUGUAGCAAUUAUACACCUCCAAACGUUUCCAGAAGUGUUGAGAAGGUUAACGAGGGUCAGGGAUUAGCGGGUUCUAAUGGUUCCACCCGUCCAUCCAUCAAUGAAUACAUUGAUGAUGGAAAUGAGCUAUCCAACUCUAUGGUCCAAAAUUAUACUGGGUCCGCAGGCUCGGUGAAUUUUGCAAAUGCAAUUAAUCUGAAUUAUACCGCUUCAUUCAAAAAGAAAUCCGAGCAAGCAGCGAGUUCGGAUCAAAACGGAAAUACGCCGGCUCCGGUGCCAUUGUCACUGGGUGGUCUGUCAGGCCUACCGGAUAGAUCGGAAAUGAUGAGAGUUAAACGAACCAUAAAAAAUGACAUGCCUGAACCACAAUCAUCACUCCCCAUUCCUACGCCGCCACUUUCUGGCUUUUCCUCUUUCGGGGCAUGUGGCGCUUUUCCUUUUAAUCGCUCUUACCCGAACUAUUCGGAUAUGAACAUGAUGAAACCGGUCACAUACAAUGGAGGAAUGGACAUGUUCGGCACAAGCCUUCCCGGUCCAUCUAAUGGAAUGAAUGAACUCCUCGCCGUAGUAUGGGAACAUAUGAAGCAACAGCAGAAUCCACAAUUUGUUCAGCCAUCAAUACCGGCUGCCAUCCACCCAGCUCAACCGACAGCAUUCGGUCAAAUGUUUUCCCAAAUGAGGAAUACUAUGGCACCCGCGGAGGCUCCGCGGUUGGGCGAACGAAACGAAGAGAUGGAAAUGAUUGGUCAUCUGUUCGGCUGUUACAGCUUCCUUACCGACGGGUGCUACAAAGCUCACUGUCGAUAUGCACACGUUUUGCCAAAAGAGGAGGAAGUGUUCCAGAAGCUGCUGUGUCAAAAUCGUGAUUUCAUCGUGAAAAGCUAUCGUUUCGUUGCCAGUCGAGAUGAUUUGUUCGUGAAAUAUUUUCCGAUCUACACGCGGGUGAUGGGCCGCAAUCACUUGCGCCACCAGCUGGUUUCCACCAUAACCGAUUGCGAGCAAUCGAGACGUCCACUGCAUUACUACCGUUUCGUCGCAGAAGGAUUGAAAAUUAGCGGAACGAGCCCGGUUGAAGCCGUCCAAAUUAUUCUCGACAAGCACACGAAGAAGAACUUUCAUCAGAUUAGUGUUCUAGUCGAACUAAUCCUCGAAACGGGCAACGGAAUUCCAACGUUCCUUCGUUGGCUGGAAGAGUUCCUGAACGUCAAAGGCUAUCGCUACGAAAUCGCGUCCAUCAAUCGGUUACUUGAUUAUUUUAUCAUUUCAGACAGACCGUUGAGGGAGAUGGUCAAAUUUUUAUCACAGCUUGUUCUUAGAGUGACGGUCGGAGAGGAGUCCACCAUAAAUGUGAGAGUUUUAUUGGAGUUCGUCAAGAAAAUAGGACAGGAUCCUGAUACGGCACUGGAUGUCGAGGCGAUCGUCCAGAAGUACGCCAAUGUGGUGGUGGUAGGUUAGUAGCUUGGAAGGCGUUCAAAAUUCCUCCUAGAAGGCGGAAAGUGAAUUGUUUGAGUUCAUUGAAAGACAUGAGGUUCGGUUUUGAUUUUGUUCUGUUUAUUUUGUUUUUGUUACACUUGACACGAAGUCAACGUUACUUUUAUAGUAAGUAUUUCAUACAAACUAGAACUUCCACUGUUAUCUAACGUUGAUAAGAUAUCGAAUAAAGGCUGGAAUGCAAAUACUUUGGA